AUGAGCCCACUUCCACCCGCAACUCAGGAGGCAGUCAAAAACCUCAUAGACUCCGCCUGUAGUAAUCAAAAUGGACUGCCGGGCGCUUCCGUUGCAAUUGUGGGGAAGGAUGGCAUGUUAUUGUUCUCCCACGCAGGUGGAAAGCGAGGACAUGUGAACCCUGAGCCCCUAACAACUGACAGCGUAUUCUGGAUCGCAUCAUGUACAAAAUUGAUCACCGGGAUUGCGUGUAUGCAACUUGUUGAACAGGGUCGGAUUUCCUUGGAUGAUUCGGAAGAGACCGAGCGCAUAUGUCCUGAGCUGAAGGAUUUAAAGGUCGUGCAAGAAGAUGGCACAUUGGUGGAUAAGAAGCGUGGCAUUACACUGAGAAUGCUCUUGUCUCACACUGCUGGGUUUGGAUACGCCUUUAUGAACGAUAAACUACGGGACUAUAGCCAACCGAUUGGCUAUGAUGAGUUCUCGGGUGAUAUCAGAGACUUCAAGCAACCUUUGGUGCACCAGCCAGGAGAAGCCUGGGAGUAUGGGGUAAACAUUGACUGGGUAGGCGUUGUGAUUGAACGUGUCACCGGCAAGCGACUCAAUGAUUAUUUCCACCAACAUAUCUUCGAACCACUGGGACUUACUCAGAUCUCAAUGAUCCCCACUUCAGCCAUGAUGGACAACCUAGCCUACAUGCACCACCGAGACUUGACUGGCAAAAUCUGGCCUCGGGAUCAUCUUCUCAGACGAGCACUGACACUGGAAUCCAAAUCCGAGCAAGAAUCUUAUUUCAACAGUGGUGGAGCCGGGUGCUUCUCCACACCCCAGGAUUAUUGCCAAAUCCUAGCCGUUCUUCUCAAUAAUGGAACAUCUCCAACUACCGGUGCACAGCUUUUGCAGAAACAGACCGUGGACGAUAUGUUCUGCGACCAGAUUGCGCAUCUCCCACCCCUGUGUGAGAAGUACCUCUCCGACGCAAAGCCUGACCUAGCGGGUCCCAGUACGGGUCUGCAUCCAACUGUUGAGGGAGAUCGUCAGGGCUGGGGAUUGACAUUCCUGCUCAGCGGAGGCUCUACAGGCCGCUCCGUGGGAACAGCCCAAUGGUCUGGACUUCCGAACCUUUUCUGGUGGUGCGAUCGUGAGAAUGGUGUGGGAGGUAUGGUGUGUGCACAGAUCUUGCCUUUUGGUGACGAUAAGGUCUUCAAUUUGUUUCAGGAUGUUGAGGCUGCUGUUUAUAAAGGGCUUGUUUGA